AAGGAGCAGUUUGAGAGAGAGAGAGAGAGAGAGAGAAGAAAAAGAAAAGGAAGAGAGAGAGAGAAUCUGGUGGGCUUUGAGCUGUGAUUUAGCUGUCUUUUGAUGUGUAAUCUCUCUCUCUCUCUCUUCUCUCUCUCUAUCUAUUUCACUAGUACAAACUACACAAACACACAUCUCCAAAAUCCCUAGAAAACAGCCCCCACUCCCCUCCCCACCCCUUUCUUCCUCCUCAAACCUCAAACCCCCAAAAACUCUUUUCUCUCUCUUCUUUCCUACAUUUUCUUCCUCUCAGAUCUCAAGGUCUCCAAAACCCCAUUUGCAAUCUCAGCAGAGAAAAAGAGAGAGAAACAAAGAAAAGGGUUUUUCUUUUUCUUUUUAAAUUUUUCUUCUUUUUUUUUGUGUGCUAUAAGCUUAAACAAAUUUAAAGUGGCAUUUGGAGAUUCAGAUGUCUCAUGUGAGAUGAAGAAGAAGACCACCCUCCUUGAUCUCUCACUUCUUCUCAUCACCUUCGUUCUCGCCUCCUCAUCACUCUCCGUCGUCUGUGGUGCUCAGGAGCACCACCACCACAACGGCAUUAUCAGCCAUGGAGCUCUCUCCCACGCCGAAGCCCUCUACAUCAAGCAGCGCCAGCUCCUCUACUACAGGGACGAGUUCGGCGACCGAGGCGAGCUAGUCACCGUCGACCCAUCUCUGGUUUUCGAGAACCAGAGAAUCAGAAAUGCUUACAUAGCUUUACAAGCUUGGAAGCAAGCCAUUCUCUCCGACCCGCUUAAUCUCACGGGUAAUUGGGUCGGAUCUAAUGUCUGCAGCUACACCGGAGUCUUCUGCACAAAAGCCCUAGACAACAGCUCCAUCCGAACCGUAGCUGGGAUUGAUCUCAACCAUGGCGACAUUGCUGGGUACUUGCCUGAAGAGCUUGGGCUGCUUGCAGAUCUCGCAUUGUUCCACAUCAACUCCAACCGCUUCUGCGGGACUGUGCCUCACAAGUUCAAGCAGCUCAAGCUACUCUUUGAGCUCGAUAUCAGCAACAAUCGGUUUGCUGGGAAGUUUCCUCGGGUUGUUCUUCAGCUGCCAAAGCUAAAAUUUUUGGAUCUGAGGUUCAAUGAGUUCGAAGGGACUGUGCCCAAGGAGCUGUUCGACAAGGACUUGGACGCCAUUUUCAUCAAUCACAACAGGUUCAGGUUCGAUCUGCCGGAUAACUUCGGGAACUCGCCGGUCUCCGUCAUCGUCCUCGCCAACAACAAGUUCCACGGCUGCGUUCCGGCGAGCCUGGGCAACAUGUCGAACCUCAACGAGAUCAUUCUGAUGAACAAUGGGUUCAGGUCCUGCUUGCCGGAGGAGAUUGGGAUGCUCAAGAACUUGACGGUGUUUGAUGUGAGCUUCAACCAGUUCUUGGGUUCGCUGCCGGAGACGAUUGGAGGGAUGGUGAGCUUGGAGCAGCUCAAUGUGGCCCACAACUUGCUAUCUGGGACGAUUCCGGCCAGUAUUUGCUCGCUGCCGAGGCUGCAGAAUUUCACUUACUCAUACAACUUCUUCACCGGCGAGCCGCCGGUGUGUCUGGGCUUGGCGAGUUUCGAUGAUAAGAGGAAUUGCUUGCCGAAUAGGCCGGCGCAGAGGCCGGCGGCGAAGUGUAAGUCGUUCUUGUCUAGGCCUGUGGAUUGUAAGUCGUUUAGAUGUAAACCUUUUGUUCCUUCUUUGCCUUCUCCUCCUCCGCCUUCGCCGCCGCCUGUUUUGGUUCCUUCACCGCCUCCCCCGGUUGCUUUACCCCAAUCGCCACCACCUCCACCGCCACCGGUUUUCUCACCACCCCCACCACCCCCACCGGUUUUCCCACCACCUUCCCCAUCACCUCCAUCACCAUCGCCAUCACCACCACCGCCACCACCUCCACCAACAGCAUCGCCGCCAUAUUGUGUGCGGCCCCCACCACCACCGCCACCAAAUUCACCACCACCACCGGCUCCAUUGAGCUCUCCACCUCCACCCUCUCCUUACCUUUACAAUUCACCUCCACCCCCACCUCCACAUUCACCACCACCACCUCCACAUUCACCACCACCACCAAUUUAUCCGUAUCCAUCACCUCCACCUCCCGUCCAUUCCCCACCUCCCCCAGUGUACCAGUCCCCUCCCCCACCACCACUUUGUAUAGAGCCACCCCCUCCACCUUCCCCACCACCACCAUGUAUUGAGAACUCACCACCACCACCAAAUUCACCACCACCACCGUCGCCACCGGUUCACUACCAUUCCCCACCACCACCAUGUAUUGAGAACUCACCACCACCACCACCGUCGCCACCGGUUCACUACCAUUCCCCACCACCACCGGUUCACUACAGUUCACCAACACCGCCAAUUGUUUAUGAAAGCCCACCGCCUCCCACUCCUGUAUAUGAGGGCCCAUUGCCACCCAUCUUUGGAGUUUCAUACGCGUCUCCUCCGCCACCACCCUUCUAUUGAUGAUUCUUUUGAGAAUUUUCCUCCUCUAACCUUUCCUGGAGCGUCACAUCACACAAAACUACCCAGAGUCAGUAUUGGCAGUCACGGCUUCUCUUCCCUCCCCACACAAACUCUUCUUUCUCUUUUGGGCAAUUCUCGUCGCUCGUGGAGGAAGAACCAAAAAAAGGAAAAAGAAUGAAAUUUGGGAUUGUAUGCAAUUCUUGAAGUUAAUCACCAUUUCGGCAACGGCAAACAAAUGUCUCAAGAAGCAGAGAAGAGGUGAAAGCAUAGAUGUAAUAUCAUCAGUAUAGAGUGAGAGAGAGGUAAGAGGAGAAAGUCUCUCCCAUAUUUAUUUGAAAUUGUUAUGGAUAUUUGAGUUGUGAAAAUAAAAAUGGCAGAGAAACAUUAGGUUGCAGAGAAUGUGUAUGUAUAGGGAUGCAUUUCAGGCUACAAACACAGCAGCAGCACCUUCCUUCUGCUUCUGCUGCUGCUGCUGCUAUUGCUGCUGGGUUUGUGGUGGGUUUUAUUGUUAUUGUCUCUUUUAUAUCAUAAUCAUACUUUUGUUUCUUCUCAAUUUCCAAAUUUUAUAGUAUAAUCACGAACAUUUUACAUGUAUUAAUUCUCAGAGUUUACAUGUUUCCACUUCCCUUCCAA